CUCCAUUUCAGUGAUCGUAAUCGCUAUCUCAGUGUCUUCAUAUUGCCAACCAAGUUCAACUCACCUAUCACUAAUGUCCUUGGAAACAAACCGCCCUGGCUUCUUCUGCACACCUCCAUCAUCCGUGAAGAAUAUAGGGACUUUCCCUGGGCCAUGUCCGACCCACUUGCACAAUGGCCACAAUAGGUUCAUCGGCGGCCAGAACCGAGUUCUUUAAACAGCUGAAGCCAAUCUGCGUCCCGCUGAGCCAGCUGGCAAUCCGCUCAGCAGACAAGACUGCAGACGCGAAGGAGAUCCUGAGCCUGAUUGAGAGUCUAACCAAUGCCUGGGAGGAUCAAGCGAGCCGGGACCGAACUGUUCUCGACGAUAGGUUGGCUGACUAUGUCUUCUUUCCACUGUCCCACGUUCUUCGAAGCCAGGAUCAGUAUCCCAUACGCUUGAUUGAGGGCACAAUCAAGCUUCUGAGCGUUCUCAUCCGAAAUGGCUGGAGGGGAAGGAUAUCGAAGGAGCUCUCCCAGCAGCUUCUAAUCUUCCUGACCUUCGUCAUCGGAGGCGUUCCAGGCCAGGAGAAGAAGCGACAUGUGCCCGAGGAGACACUUUCGGAAGGCUACCGCGCUCUAGGGGCUCUAGUCACCGCUUCUGGAUCAACAGCCUCGGCCUCUGCAUUGUUGGAAGACCAGAUCAUCCCCACCCUAGGCCAUAGUAUAUCCGUCGUCCUAGAUGGGGUUAUCAAUGGAACGGCCCCUGACAUACAGCUUGCCGCACUCGACUGCCUCGAGGCAUUCUAUAGCAGCAUAAAAGACCACAGCGUGCUCGCCACCUUUCUCCCGGGGACAGUCUCUUCACUUAGCCGGGCCCUGUCUCCUCCCCUCUCACUGAAGGCGCAAAAGAGAGUUCUCGUGAGGGGACUAGCAGUGCUAGGCGCCAUUCUCUCCGGCGUUCUGGGAGAUAUCAGGACACGGAAUAUCCUCAAGGAUACCUCGCCCGCAAAGCCAGAAGAGAACGGCGCCGGAAAAGUUCUAACACCAGCCUGGCUGAAUGCAACAGCGUCGCAAAUCAAGAUCGCAUUGUCCUCGGUGCUCAAGCUUAGAAGUCAUGAAUCUGAAGAGGUACAGUUGGCAGUCAGCAGGCUCUGCAUUUGCCUUCUAGACGAAUGCCACUCUUCAUUAGCAGAAUGCAAGUCGAUCCUUGUCGAAAGCGCCAUGAUGACUGAGACCGGGGACGCCGAGAAGUCGAUAUACCAUACCAGUCUGGAGGACUUGACCAGUAUCUAUCCCGAACUCGGAGACACAAUUCGGGGGACUCUGUAUAACUGGGUCAUCGGAUUGCCCCGUGUCAUGCAGUCCAGCCAUGGGCGAGUCAAGCAGCAGGCCAUCCGCAACGUUAUUAAGGGGAACAAGCUCGCCGCCUCGCUGAAACUCGAUUCAACCACUCUCGACGACUCUUUGGCAGACUCCCUCAAGGACAGCAUGGUGGCCCUCUUGUUGGGCUCAAAGCCACAAAAGAUGGUGGCUGAUGUCGAGCUGGACGAGGAUACGUGGAAAAAUGCAGCGCUGUCCAAGGCAGAUUCGGCCCUCCAAGAGUACCGACCAGUCCUCCUUGCCGAGGACAGUCAACAAAGCACAAGAAAUGAGAUUCGUUCUUUGACAGACAACAUCGGCUCAUCGUCACAAAAAACUAAGCUUGCGGCUGAGUUGCUAACACAUUUGCGAGACUCGAGAGGAGAAGACCAGAUCGCCUCCUUUUGGCUCUCGUUCGAAUUCGUCAAAGCAUCUUCUCAUUCACAAUCCUCGGAUCUGGACACCUUCCUUGACUUGACCUUUGCCAACGACCGGGAACCUCAGGAUGCUGUAUUUCAAGAGCUCUACGAUUUCUCCGUGUCUGUCGUGACGUCGCAUUCGGACACAGAAGACACGGACUGGAGGCUGGAGGCAAUUGCCUUGGAGGUGACGGCAUUCGCAGCGUCUAGAAUGCAAGAUGGUUUCCGCCCAGAGCUUAUCGAUGUCCUCUAUCCCAUUACAACGUUCAUGGGCUCGCAACACCCGCGUCUCCGCACGCAUGCGAUGACAACGCUCAACAAGAUUGCCGCGUCAUGCGGGUAUGGGAACGUUUCGGAGCUGAUUAUCGACAAUGCCGACUACAUGGUCAAUUCGAUCUCUUUGCGGUUGAACACGUUUGACAUCUCGCCGGCGUCAACAAGGGUCUUGAGCAUGAUGAUCCGCCUGACGGGACCGAGAUUGAUACCGUUUCUCGACGAUGCCGUAGCUGCAAUAUUCGCGGCGCUUGACAACUAUCACGGCUACCCGCUCUUUGUCGAGAGCCUCUUCUCUGUGCUCUCUGAAAUUGUGAGGCAGGGGGUGAAAUCUGAUACGCUACUGAUUGAAGAGGAUCGUUCCAAGAGAAUAGAUCACAAGAAGAAUCCACCUAGCUCAGAAGGCAUCGAAGGCAUCCUCGACCUCCUGGAACAGCGUGCCCAUCGAAGAGAACGGGAGGCUCCAGAUCUCGAAGAAACAGGCGGGCAACUAACGGGUCACCCCAAGGAACCAUGGGGCCCUCCGAAAUCCAAGACGAAAUCCUUCAUUGAGACACUAGAAGAGGCAGAUGAAACCGAAGAAGUAGCCGAAGACGCGCCGGUGUCCGGCGGCGAGAAGCCCAAGCCCCCAGCAACGCCAACCUACGCUCUCCUCACCCGAGUCACCAGCCUGACCCAGCAUUACCUCACGUCUCCCACCCCGACCCUCCGCAAAUCCCUCCUCGACCUCGUCACCACCGUCUCCCCGGCCCUCGCGCCGGACGAGGAUUCCUUCCUCCCCACAAUCAACGCCCUCUGGCCCGUCGUGGUAGCCCGCCUGCACGACCCGGAGCCCUUCGUCGUCGUCGCGGCAUGCAGGGCCCUCGGCGCGCUGUGCGCCUCGGCGGGAGACUUCCUCGUAUCGAGGGUCAAGACGGAGUGGGGCAGCUGGCUGGCGAGGUGGUGCGGCAGGGUCCGCGACGAGGCGGGCAGCAAAGGGCCGGCGGCCAACCAGAAGGGGAAGAAGAGGGCAACCGCGGGAACCUUUCCCAGCGGCCGCGCUUCGGGGGGCCUCGGUGGUGGCGCGGCUGCUGUCAGGGGCGAGAUCGUCCUCCCUUCGCGCCCGGUUGACCCCUCGUUAACCGGAGGAGCGGGGGACAUUAAGCUCGUGCAGACAUCCUCCUCCUCCUCCGCCUCCUCCCAGUCGGCCUCAGCAGUGAUGGCGACGGGCCUGGGCAGGUUCGCCCAGGCGGCGCAGGUGUGGGCGGCGGUGGCGGGCCUCCUCACGGCGAUCGUGUCGCACGUGCGCAUCGACGACGACGUCUUCGACCAGGUGCUGGACCUGCUGGGGGGCGGCCCCGGAGAUGCCCUGCAGAGGGACGCGGAGGCCCGGCGGGCCCUGGAGGACGUCAACGCGGACGCGGUAUGGCUGGCGCUGUAUGAGCGCGGGCACGUCGCGCGGGGGCCGGCGCCGGUGCUGGAAGGGGUGGAGUUUGCGCGGAUGGUCGAGGUGGUGUGAUGGUGAUGUGUGUAUAUCCCAAUGAGUGGGAGUGGUUCGUUAGGCUGGCUGGCUAUGAAGUGCCUGUGAUACGGUGUUUGUACCUCCCGCUCGCUAUCUCUGAGGCAACUCAGGGCGUGACGCAUGCGUCUCUGCCGGAUAUCUGCAGUGUCUCUGGGACACUGGAGUGGCAGGGCUUAUCGAUAUGGGAAGGUAUAUAAUAAUCUGGAGAUUCCCAUCUACCUAACCAGUAUCU